AGGUGGUCUAUGUUCUUUAUAUAACUCAUAACCUUAUUCUUCAUCUUCAAGCUUAAGAUUGAUCUCUUCUUCAUUUGGAUCUUCGCAAGUGAAUGAAUUUUUCUUCUCUACGAUAAACUGCGUUUGCUUCUUUCAUUUGGAUUUUUUUUUUUGUAUCGUUAGUUCUAAUCUCAAGAGAGUUAGAUUGGUGGUACCUCUUUUCAGCGUUAUUACAUUCUGGGUUGGUCGCAAUCAAAAUUAGGUUAAAUUUCAGCUCUUUCGAGGUUCCAGCUAUUUUCAAAGGCGGCAGGGAACGAUGCUCGGUCAUAGGAUCUCAAGAUUCGGGUCUGCCAUUGUGAAACAGCUCGCAAGAGAGGGAUAUUUAUCAGCAACAUAUGGGACAAGGAAUCUACAACGGUCUUAUGGCCACUACUUGCCGUCUUUGCCAAUGGUACAGAGGCAAACUAGGACUUCUCAAGAAGCAUUCUUCUUGAAUAACCAUAGGUUUUAUACUGCUUCUGCCACUUCCUCGGAUGAAACUGAAAAGAUAACCAUUAUCUUUGUCGAUAAAGAUGGGGAGGAAAUUCCUGUUAAAGUCCCUAUUGGAAUGUCCGUGCUCGAAGCUGCUCAUGAAAAUGAUAUAGACCUCGAAGGGGCUUGUGAGGCUUCUCUAGCAUGUUCAACGUGUCAUGUGAUUGUGAUGGACACAGAAUAUUACAACAAACUUGAAGAACCAACAGAUGAAGAGAAUGAUAUGCUUGAUCUUGCUUUUGGGCUCACAGAAACGUCACGGCUGGGAUGCCAAGUCAUUGCAAGCCCAGAGCUAGAUGGUGUCCGUUUGGCCAUCCCGUCAGCCACAAGAAAUUUCGCAGUUGAUGGAUUUGUUCCAAAACCUCAUUAGUUUCGCAGAGUCUCGUCGAGAUGAGGCAUUAAAGUUCAAAGAGAUGAUUCAUGUUUGGAAGUUCUAUAAGAGUUUUGAUGAUUGUUUACUGAGAGGAAACAGUUUGAUUAGAUAUUCUAGUUUUGAUCUUUGGCAUUUCUUGUUGUUGUCUGAGUCUGAAACAGAACAAGCUUCAGGAAAAGCAUAAGGCUUGCUUUUUUUAAUAUUGCAGAAUAAACUCAAAAAAUUUAGACAA